UCACGCUUCUUCCCCUCCCCCUGCUCCCUUUUCCCUUCGGUUUCGCUCUUUUCCGUCGAGGCCGACCCCUGGGUCGUGAGUCUGGAGUCUGGUUGGUGAAAAAGAGCCCUUAUAGCUGGAAGCAGGGAGGUGUGGGGAAUACUGUUAAUUGAGUUAUUUGAAGACCAAAGGCUUAUCUGGGAUGUUUUGUUUGUGGGAGGAGGUCGGGCGAGUGUGUGAAGGAAGUCGUACCCGAGAGGCGAGCGGGGGCGGGGCUGAGCUGGGUUUGCGGAUGGGUGGGACGCACCCCUGAAAUAGGUAACUUGGGGGUGGGCCGGUAUGUGGCAAAGGAAAAAUGAAGUCUGUGAGCAACUGGCAUUGGCAUCGUAGGGCAUUCUGGCGUUAGUUUUGGUUUACCGUUUGAUUAAAAAAAGCAGUUAACAUGAAUGUGUGGGUUAUUUGGGUUGUGGGUAUUAGGUAACCACAUUUUAUUCCCAGAUUGCUUUACUUCCCUUUUCUUUGGGGAAACCUUUUUGUGGCAAAAACUUUUGUGUGCUUAAAUAUUAUAGGCUUUUUAAAAAGUAAAUUUCCACAUGGAAACAAAGUAAUGUAAGGGGAACAAGUAAUGAAAGAGAAAACACCAACACCAAAUUAGUGAGUUAUAUAGAUCAGCGCCUGCACCAAGUAGACAAAGAUUUAUAAAGUUAGUCAAGUAAGGAACAGAUUAGAUCACAAAAAUAUCUUCCUCUCCAGAUCAGUUUUCUUGAUUUCCUAAAGCAUUAUUUUCUGUAGUUCCCUAUUGCAUAAUGAAUGUUCUCCGUGCCUUCACAAACUUUUAAAUCUUAUUCAGGCAUGUUAGUCUAUAGCAGGUGAUGAGAAUGCUACUAAAUCUCAGCAUCAGAUUCUGGAGAAUGAGAAGAGAAAAUAGAUUGUUUGAAUAACAAAUAAUCAGUAGCAGAGUUGGAAUGAGUUUUAGUACAGAACUGAAAUUCUGUAUUAAUUGUGAUUAUAAUUACUACAAAGUAAUUUUAGUUUUUCUGUUCCAUGCAGAGGACAAAAGUAUGUCCUCCCUUCCUGGGUGCAUUGGUUUAGAUGCAGCAACAGCUGCAGUGGAAUCUGAAGAGAUUGCAGAGCUACAGCAGGCAGUGGUUGAGGAGUUGGGUAUCUCUAUGGAGGAACUGCGGCAGUUCAUUGAUGAAGAACUGGAGAAGAUGGACUGUGUACAGCAGCGUAAGAAGCAGCUAGCAGAGUUGGAGACAUGGGUAAUUCAGAAAGAAUCUGAGGUGGCUCAUGUUGACCAACUCUUUGAUGAUGCAUCCAGGGCAGUGACUAACUGUGAGUCUUUGGUGAAGGACUUCUACUCCAAGCUGGGCCUACAGUACCGGGACAGUAGCUCUGAGGAUGAAGCUUCCAGGCCUACAGAAAUAAUUGAGAUUCCUGAUGAAGAUGAUGAUGUCCUCAGUAUUGAUUCAGGUGAUGCUGGGAGCAGAACUCCAAAAGACCAGAAGCUCCGUGAAGCUAUGGCUGCCUUAAGAAAAUCAGCUCAAGAUGUCCAAAAGUUCAUGGAUGCUGUCAACAAGAAGAGCAGUUCCCAGGAUCUGCAUAAAGGAACCUUGAGUCAGAUGUCUGGAGAACUAAGCAAAGAUGGUGACCUGAUAGUCAGCAUGCGGAUUCUGGGCAAGAAAAGAACUAAGACGUGGCACAAAGGCACCCUUAUUGCCAUCCAAACAGUUGGGCCAGGGAAGAAGUACAAGGUGAAAUUUGACAACAAAGGAAAGAGUCUACUGUCGGGGAACCAUAUUGCCUAUGAUUACCACCCUCCUGCUGACAAGCUGUAUGUGGGCAGUCGGGUGGUGGCCAAAUACAAAGAUGGGAAUCAGGUCUGGCUCUAUGCUGGCAUUGUAGCUGAGACACCAAACGUCAAAAACAAGCUCAGGUUUCUAAUUUUUUUUGAUGAUGGCUAUGCUUCCUAUGUCACACAGUCUGAACUGUAUCCCAUUUGUCGGCCACUGAAAAAGACUUGGGAGGACAUAGAAGACAUCUCCUGCCGAGACUUCAUAGAAGAAUAUAUCACUGCCUACCCCAACCGCCCCAUGGUGCUGCUCAAGAGCGGCCAGCUUAUCAAGACAGAAUGGGAAGGCACAUGGUGGAAGUCCCGAGUUGAGGAAGUGGAUGGCAGCCUAGUCAGGAUCCUCUUCCUGGAUGACAAAAGAUGUGAAUGGAUCUAUCGAGGAUCUACACGACUGGAACCAAUGUUCAGCAUGAAAACAUCCUCAGCCUCUGCACUGGAGAAGAAGCAAGGGGGACAGCUCAGGACACGUCCAAAUAUGGGUGCUGUGAGGAGCAAAGGCCCAGUUGUCCAAUACACACAGGACCUGACCAGUACCGGAACCCAGUUCAAGCCAAUGGAGCCCGCACAGCCUACAGCUCCAUCUGCUCCACCUGCCCCACCUGCCCCACCUGCCCCACCUGCUCCACCUCUAUCCCCCCAAGCAGGUGACAGUGAAAGCUUGGAAAGCCAGCUUGCCCAGUCACGGAAGCAGGUAGCCAAAAAGAGCACAUCCUUUCGACCAGGAUCAGUGGGCUCUGGUCACUCCUCCCCUACAUCUCCUACACUUAGUGAAAAUGUCCCUGGUGGGAAAUCUGGGAUCAACCAGACAUACAGAUCACCUUUAGGCUUAACAACCUCUGCCCCAGCAUCCUUAGCACCUCCAGCACCUCCAGCGCCUCCAGUAACCCCAGCCUUCCAUGGCAUGCUAGAGCGGGCCCCAGCAGAGCCCUCCUACCGUGCUCCCAUGGAGAAGCUAUUCUACUUACCUCAUGUCUGCAGCUAUACUUGUCUGUCUCGGAUCAGACCUAUGAGAAAUGAGCAGUACCGGGGCAAGAACCCUCUGCUGGUCCCAUUACUAUAUGAUUUCCGGCGGAUGACAGCCCGGCGUCGAGUUAACCGCAAGAUGGGCUUUCAUGUCAUCUAUAAGACACCCUGUGGCCUCUGCCUUCGGACAAUGCAGGAGAUCGAACGCUACCUUUUUGAGACUGGUUGUGACUUUCUCUUCCUGGAGAUGUUCUGUUUGGAUCCAUAUGUUCUUGUGGACCGGAAGUUUCAGCCCUAUAAGCCUUUUUACUAUAUUUUGGACAUCACCUAUGGGAAGGAAGAUGUUCCCCUAUCCUGUGUCAAUGAGAUUGACACAACCCCCCCACCCCAGGUGGCCUACAGCAAGGAACGUAUCCCGGGCAAGGGUGUUUUCAUUAACACAGGCCCUGAAUUUCUGGUUGGCUGUGACUGCAAGGAUGGGUGUCGGGACAAAUCCAAGUGUGCCUGCCAUCAACUAACUAUCCAGGCUACAGCCUGUACCCCAGGGGGCCAAAUCAACCCUAACUCUGGCUACCAGUACAAGAGACUAGAAGAGUGUCUACCCACUGGGGUAUAUGAAUGUAAUAAACGCUGCAAAUGUGACCCAAACAUGUGCACAAAUCGGCUGGUGCAACAUGGACUGCAGGUUCGAUUACAACUCUUCAAGACACAGAACAAGGGCUGGGGUAUCCGCUGCUUGGAUGACAUUGCCAAAGGCUCUUUUGUGUGUAUUUAUGCAGGCAAAAUCCUGACAGAUGACUUUGCAGACAAGGAGGGUCUGGAAAUGGGUGAUGAGUACUUUGCAAAUCUGGACCAUAUCGAGAGCGUGGAGAACUUCAAGGAAGGAUAUGAGAGUGACGCCCCCUGUUCCUCUGACAGCAGUGGUGUAGAUUUGAAGGACCAGGAAGAUGGCAAUAGCGGUACAGAGGACCCCGAAGAGUCCAAUGACGAUAGCUCAGAUGAUAACUUCUGUAAGGAUGAGGACUUCAGCACCAGCUCAGUGUGGCGGAGCUAUGCUACCCGGAGGCAGACACGGGGCCAGAAGGAGAAUGGACUGUCCGAAACAGCUUCCAAAGACUCCCGCCCUCCAGAUCUCGGGCCCCCACAUGUUCCUGUUCCUCCCUCAAUCCCUAUAGGUGGCUGCAAUCCACCUUCCUCUGAAGAAACACCCAAGAACAAGGUGGCCUCAUGGUUGAGUUGCAAUAGCGUCAGUGAAGGUGGUUUUGCUGACUCUGAUAGCCGUUCAUCCUUCAAGACCAGUGAAGGUGGGGAGGGUCGUGGUGGGGGAAGCAGAAUGGAGGCUGAGAAGGCCUGCACCUCAGGAUUGGGCAUCAAGGAUGAAGGAGACAUCAAACAGGCCAAAAAAGAGGACCCUGAUGACCAAAACAAGAUGUUAGUAGUUACUGAAAGCACUCGAAAUUAUGGUUAUAAUCCUUCUCCCGUGAAGCCUGAAGGACUUCGCCGCCCACCUAGUAAGACUAGUAUGCUUCAGAGCCAGAGACUUGUGGCCUCUGCUCAGUCCAACCCUGAUGAUGUCCUGACACUGUCCAGCAGCACAGAAAGUGAGGGGGAAAGUGGGACAAGCCGAAAGCCCACUGCUGGUCAGACUUCAGCUACAGCGGUUGACAGUGAUGAUAUCCAGACCAUCUCCUCUGGCUCUGAAGGGGAUGACUUUGAGGACAAGAAGAAUAUGUCUGGUCCAAUGAAGCGCCAAGUGGCAGUAAAAUCAACCCGAGGUUUUGCUCUUAAAUCAACCCAUGGGAUUGCCAUUAAAUCAACCAACAUGGCCUCCGUGGAGAAGGGGGAGAGUGCACCUGUUCGUAAGAACACACGCCAAUUCUACGAUGGUGAGGAGUCUUGCUACAUCAUCGAUGCCAAGCUUGAAGGCAACCUGGGCCGCUACCUCAAUCAUAGUUGCAGCCCCAACCUGUUUGUCCAGAAUGUCUUCGUGGAUACCCAUGAUCUUCGCUUCCCCUGGGUGGCCUUCUUUGCCAGCAAGAGAAUCCGAGCUGGGACAGAACUUACUUGGGACUACAACUACGAGGUGGGCAGUGUGGAAGGCAAGGAACUGCUUUGCUGUUGUGGAGCCAUCGAAUGCAGAGGGCGUCUUCUUUAGAGGAUGGCCUUCCUCCUAACCUUGCUUGAACUGUCCUUUCCUCAGGAACUGGGUCUUCCUGACUAUUGAACUCUGACCCCAAGUCUCUGGUCUAGCUACUCCCCCCAGCUCCUAGUAGAUAGAAAUGGGGGUUCUGGAUCAGGAGAUCCCUUUCAAUGUGGUGCUAGCCGGCAGGAUCCCUUCUCCACCUAAGGCACUAAAGGGUGGGGAGAGAUUACCACUCUAACCUAGGCCUGAUACCCCUCAGUCCUCCUGCUGCUCAUCCCUCCCAUCCCACAUUUGUUCAAGUGUUCAUGCUUCUAACAGACUCUAUUCCUGGAAUGGAGGCUGUGUAUGUACUACUCCUGGUUUGUAUUUUUCUUGAAAGUCUUAAUAAGAUGGUAAAACUAA